AUGGGUAUCAAGACUGACAUCACGCUUUACACCGCGUUAACACCAAAUGGGAUCAAGGUUCCGAUCCUGCUUGAGGAACUUGAGCUUGAAUACAAGUUAUACCAUGUUAAGCUAAGGGAGAACGAGCAGAAACUACCUUGGUUUCUAGACAUCAACCCCAAUGGCCGGAUCCCCGCUAUGACUGAUACAUGGGUGAACGGAAAGCAGCACCGUAUUUUUGAAAGCGGAGCAAUCCUUGAGUACCUUGUUGAACGCUAUGAUAAGGAGAACAGGUUCUCAUACCCAAAGGACUCCCCUGAAUAUUGGGAGGUAAAGAGUUGGCUCUCUUGGCAGAUCGGCGGCCUUGGCCCUAUGCAAGGGCAAUUAGAACAUUUUAGGAGAUAUGCAGCAGAGAAGAUUGAGUACGGUAUUAACCGUUAUGAUAAUGAGACCCAUCGCCUCUAUAACACUAUGGAAGCUCACCUGGCUAAGUCUCCUCAUGGACUGCUUGUCGGUGACCGCAUUACUAUAGCUGAUAUAGCCUGCCUAGGCUGGGUUGCCAACCACGACCUAGAUGGCGUUCCUCUCGAUAAGUACCCUUAUCUAGAAAAAUGGCUGAAGAAGCUCUUGGCGCGCCCAAGCUACGAAAAAGCCCAGAGGAUGCUAUCAUAG